AUAAUCCCAUCGUGACGACACCAAACAGCGACGUAUUAACCCAAACCCAGCGCGGAGCCAGCGAUCCUUUUAAUCCCCCCUGCCUGCAGAUAAACAACCUCCUCUCCCCACCCAAAUCCCCAACUCCUCCAAUCUCUCCUCUCAUCUCCUGUCAGCGGCGCACGGAUCCUUCGAUCGGUCCGAUCCAGGCACCCGCCCAGGCCGAUCGCAAGCGGAUCGGAUUUAUGCAGUCUUACUGCCGCGAGCGCCAGCCAUGCCGCGCGGCAGCAGCUUGCGCCAGAGCUUGAACGCGGAGGAGGGGCCGGGCGGCGCUCGGGCGGUUCGGGUUCGGCGUCGCCGGCAAUGUCCGGGAUGUCCGACUCCGCGGGGGGCGGACGCGCCGGCGCGGAGCUGAUGGUCGAGCAGUUCCACCUCAAGGUGCUCCACGCCGUCCUCGCCGUGCGCACGCCGCGCCCGCUCGCCGCCGCCGCCGCGGCGCCGGCGGCGGCUUCGGCGUUCCGGCGGAGGGACAGGUGGUUCCACCUCCCGCUGCACGACCCGCCGCCGCCGCCCGAGGCGGCCGACCGCCUGGAGCCGCUGGCCCCCGGGGAGCCGCUCGUGGUGGACGUCCUGCUGUCCCCCGCCGGCGUUGGAGCGGGACCGGGAGGGGAGGUGGUGGAGAGGUGGACGGUGGCGUGCGAGCCCUGGCCGGACGCCGCGGGCGGCGAGGAGGUGGCCGUGAACCGGGCCUACAAGCACUGCUUCACGCUGCUCAGGUCGGUGUACGCCGUGCUCCGCGUCCUCCCGGCGUACCGCGUCUUCCGCCUCCUCUGCGCCAACCACUCCUACAACUACGAGAUGGUCCACCGCGUCGACACCUUCGCCGAGCCCUUCUCACGCGCCCAGGAGGCCGCCUUGCGCUCCCACCGCUUCGUCCCCGUCGAGACCCAGCUCGGCCGCCUCGUCGUCUCCGUCCAGUACCUCCCCAGCCUUGCCUCCUUCAACCUCGAGAUCACUUCCCUUUCGCCCUCCAAGAUAAUCCCCGACUACGUCGGCAGCCCAGCCGCUGAGCCCAUGCGCGCCUUCCCGGCCUCGCUUACCGAAGCCACCGGCUCCGCCUUCCCAUCGUCCUAUCAGCUGCAGCGCCCGCACAGCUGGGCUCCGCCUGUCUUCUGGCCGCACACGCCGGCACAGCAGGUGUUUUACGCCUCACCCACGCCCUCGCCGCCCCACUUUCCAGGUGGGUACCUGCAGAAGCGUCUCACUAGGGGGGAAUCAGCGCCAAUGCCAAUACCACAGGUGGGUGAGAGGAGGAGCCCUGUGCACCGCCAGAACACGCUGCCACCGCCAUCUCCAAGAAGAGGAGACAUGGGGACAGCAAGUGCUCAAGAGUCUCCGUCAGAGAUCGGCCGGUUGAUUGGGAGGUUGUCACCCAGACACAAGGGCAAGGACAACAAAGAUGAAUCUGGCAGGUUCUCUGCACUCUCCUCAUGUGAUUCCCCUCGGCAAGACGAUCUGGAGGAUUAUCCUUUUUUCGUGGAUGAUGUUGAUCCCCCGGUCUCCAAACCUGGGAGCAGUGAUGGGAAGGAAACAAGUGAUCAGGCAUGUUCGUUGUCUCAUAAAUCUCAAGAUGCACAAGUUGGUUCUCUAGUCUACCUGCUGAGAAACGCUCCUCCGCUGCGAGAUCAUCCUAGCUAUUCAUUACAAACAUCAAGGGCUGAGUCCAGCCAAGCAGCCUCAGCAAGCUCCGCCCCGUCCCGAAGGACAUCUGAUGCACUUGAGGAGCUCCAGGCCUUCAAAGAGAUAAGGGAGCGACUGCAGUGCAGGGGCAGCGCAAAACAUCAAGAACCACCAGGGAAACCAUAGCCACCAUUCUUUCCCUUGUUUCUCUUAACAUCACCUCUGAUAAGAGACCCCAAAAGGGCAAACCACAGUACAGGAUGCACGGUGAGCUAAGCCAACUUGUUCUGUUGAGGUGCUCAUGUAUAUAUGACUGCUGAAAUUGAUGCUUUUGGUUGAAGAGAAGGAACCAGCUUCAAUCUAUUUCAGCGACAGUUUCACCCACUCAUCGUUCUUAAAUGGUGAGGGCCAUGAUCUGCCGCUGUUCAGACUCUUUUGUGUAUAUGGGAGGCGAAGCUGAUACGCGUAGGUGAGAGGGAGCCUGUGAUGGAUGAAUUGCUCUAGUGUGUGCGUUUGCGUGUGUAAAUUAUGUAACUGCUCGGAACCAAGUGUUCAGGGGACACCAAUCUUUGAAGAAUUGCUCGUGCUUCAGAAGACUAGUUUUCUUUCAUCCUUCUGUAUGAUCUGGAAAGUUAUGGAUUGGCUGUCUGCAUUAGUUAAAGAGGAUUAGAUAUAA